CGUCCUGUACCAUUAGUCACUGCAUACGAGUGUCGGGCAGGCUGUACCCUCCCACGGCCGCUCUCCACCGAGAAGGAGUUUAUUCACCGUGCCGUUGUAGAUGUGUAUUUGUUUGUCACUGACUGGUUUUAUACUCACGUCUUAGGAAUGCCAUGGCUACUCAGAAUAACCAGGAUUACUUCAGGUCUGUCAGCAGCGAGUCCAGCACAUACAUGAUGGUUCCGGCGAACGGCCGCGUUCGGGACUCGCCGUCUAAAUUAUGGGUCGCAAUGGUCGUGAUUGUAGUGGUCGUGCUGCAAAUCGCCUCGACCACCGGGCUCUUUGUCUAUUUAAAUAUGUCUUUAUCGCAGGUUAAGAGUCAGGGGGUCACAGAAGAGCUGCGGUGCCUCGGUUUGCUCAAUGCGCUUGAUAAGGACAUAGACAUUCCUGAAGACCUGGCCCAACUGUUUGGAGAGCCCUGCAUCAAACUAGCUGAGGGUAUCAAGGCCUAUAUCUCCAAGGUUACAGACAGUAUCAUCUCCAAACAGGCUUUACACGAAGCAAGAGCCAUGCCUCAUGCAUAUAAUACAUCAGGGUCAAAGUUCAUGACCACAGUGACACAGAGGCCAUCAGCCCACCUGACCCUUAGCAGCCUCCCAGGUGGCGCUCAGUACUCAACGCCUCAACCAGACCUGCACCAGUCCUGCCGCCACCCAGUGCGCUACUGGGCCAAUCAGAGCGUUCGCGGCCAUCUGUACAACAUGACGCUGGCCAAUGGACGCCUUCGUGUACCCCAGAAUGGCCGCUACUACCUGUACUCUCAGGUGUACUUCCGCUACCCCUCCCCCAGUGAGGGUGAUCAACACAGUGCAAGCCACCAGCUGGUCCAGUGUAUCUAUAAGAAAACCUCCUACCCUAGGCCCAUUCAGCUUUUGAAGGGAGUUGGGACCAAAUGUUGGGCACCUGAAGCAGAAUACGCACUUCAUUCCGUGUACCAGGGCGGCCUGUUUGAGCUGCAAGCAGGCGAUGAGGUGUUUGUGUCUGUCUCUUCUCCCACUAUGGUAUAUGGUGAGGACUCUUCUAGCUACUUUGGAGCUUUCCGUCUGGACCUGUAAAAGCAUAUCAGAGGAACUACCCAAGGACUACAUUGCCCAGAAUGCACUGGGCAGAUCAUUCUGUGGCUGCAACCCAAAGUAGAAGACUAAUAAUUUCAUCGUCUAACUGUCCUUUCUAUAAAACAGACAUUGAAUAUAUGAAGGAUGCGUUUAUGAGCGACAUUCGGACACGGUUGACAGAGGAAUUUAUGUAUAUUUCUACAAUCACAUCAAAGAUGUGACUCUGAAACGGUAGCAAAAGCAAACAGGAUUAAAGCAGAGAAACUCAUGCGAGGUGAAUAUGUGCUAAUGGAUGUAAGAACUAAAGUCUCUCCUGUCCGCUGGAGGGAAAUAUUUUUGUGUAUACAGAUUUACCACAGAAUCUGGGAAAACAGAGAUAUGAGAAGAGAAAGAUGACAGCGGGAAUGUGGAGGAAAGAGCGGAGAGGGGAAGCAGCUCUACCAGCCUCAAAAGCACCAUCCUGGCAGGUUGCAGUACAUGUGAAAUUCUUGCUGUCCAGUCAAACCCGUGGAGCAGCAUGCCCUGACAUAAAAAAAAAACAGUUAUGACCCAAAGAGAAUUCCCCUUUUGCAUAGAUUACAUUUAAAUACACACCCAUGCUCAUAAGAUAAUUUAUGGCUUCCAAACAUGCAAAACGCAGACAUAAGACACAACAGAUUUCAGAUAAAUCAAAAAGCACAUAUGUUUAGUCUCCUAGUCAAACACAAAUCACACGCCAGUCUUCGUCCAAUUAUCGUACACUUUUACAAGAUGCAGAUACACCUACACUCACGCUCAAACAGAGUCUCCCUCUGCUGUCUGGUCCGGGGUGCAGAGGAAGUGCUGUCAGGGAGGGGACGCACAGAGGAACCCUGCCUCACGUGGUGUUCACUGUCUUUAAGGUUAAAUAAACACUAUGCCACACCGUUUGUUGAAAUGUCACACCCAGUCUUACAAUGCUUCAUUUUUGCUAAUGCUGCACACACAUACAAACACACACCACAAGAUCUCAGCUCACCCUGAAGAAAUAAUUUCUUGACCAGUGGCACAUCAUACAUGUGACUUCCAUCAUUCUCUCUCUUUCUGUGUGUUUGGUUGGUUCAACUUGUGUAAAUAUUGUGUUUAAUUCAGAAUCAUGUGGUUUGGAAUUGAAUGUACAAGCGUUGUAAUGCUGGCUUUUCUACUAAGGUUUCUUUCUUGCAUGGAAAUCAAACAUUGAGCCUCUCACUGUAAAUGUAAACAGCCUAGAAAAAUUGACAUUCUCCAAAGGAAGCAGCACUGUGAAAGAGAAAUGGGAAAUUCUAUUUACUGUACGCCAGCCUUUCUGAGGAAAAAGUGUUUGUUUCAAGGAGGAGAGUGUGGGGUAAUAACUUUCCUCUGUAAAUGGACAAAUGCUGCAAAACUGUCACAAUGGUGCUUCUCCGAACAAAACACUUUCAUUGUAAACCGCAAAUGGGUUUUCUUCUUUUUGGACUCUGCCCCAGUUUUUACUGAUAAAGUCAGAAAGAGCCCUUGCCAAGACAGUGCCUUAAAUCAUUAAAUACAAGGAGAGCAAUUGAGCCAAGACACUUUGUGGCAUUUAAGUAUGGACACAAUGUUAGUUAUACCUCAUAUUAUAAAACAUAAUUCUGUCUAGCUGUUAUCAGCAAUUUGUCUGGAUUAAGGAACUUGAAAGUAGUUUUAAUCCAAAGGGGAGAAACAAUUUAUUCUAUAAAAGGUUAAAGCUUUUUGAUGCCUUCAGUGCAAAGGCAUUUCACUCAGCUGAAAUGCACAAUAAAACUAAACUUAAACAUUAUAUUGUUAUAACAGUGUCAUAAAACUGUUAUAACAUGCAUAAUGCCAUGAAGUUCCCCCCUGCUGGGUGCUACUUUUGUUUUAAGGAAUGUGACGUAAGAUACCACUAAGUUUUGGGUAACGCUUCAGAAUAAGGUUCUAUUUGUUACCAUUAUUAAAUGCUUUAGGUAUUAUGAAGUAACAAUGGACACUAUUUUAUUAGGCUACAGAUUUUAUUAAUCUUGUUUAAUGUUCAUUUAUAAAAACACAAUUGUUCAUUGUUAGUUCAUGUUAACAAAUACAACCUUAUUGUAAAGUGUUACCAAGUUUUGUUUCCUCAAUUAUGGUUAUAUUGUAUGUGUAAAAAUUCCUUUGUACCACUUUUAUGAAAGCCUCUCACAGAGUCUUCACUGUAAGUGACUUAAGAAAAUCCAGUGGUAUUAGAAUUGGCUUUGCUUGGGUUCUUUAGUACAAAACAUAACAUUAGUAUUGCUAAAAUGGCAUAUACCUGGUUAGAAAUAAAAGAUGAUUCAAAUUAGUAGGCCAGAGACCAGAAACAUCACAAGCUGGCUUUGAUGUAAUGGUCAGAAGUUAUUUAAAUACAUAUCAAAAUUCAUAACACAAAACACAUAUUUGUCAAAUAAAUAAUUUUACUUCAGACUGACAUAAAAUACAUGGAGUAGCUCUGCAGUAGCUCUGUCUACACUUCUAGUGUAGACAGCUCUGUUGAUAUAACAGGAAGUAUCUACAGUAUAGUUUUGUUAUGUCGCAACAUUCCUUUUUACACUUAUCUGAGGUUCACAGUUCAUUAAGUUAGUGCCUGUUGUCACUAUAUCACUAUAUCAUAUAUUCAGGUCAGAGGACAAUGCCCGUUCCCAGAUGAAGUGUGUGCAGGAUUGUAUUCGUACUACUCACCUGCAUACCUAAAGAACAUACAUUAUUAAGUACGUUCUAAAUCAAAUGCAGUAAAUUCUCUGACAAUAAGCGAAUUCGGACGCAGCUUAACAUUUACCAAUAUAAGGGAAAAAACCAACCCAGACUUAAAGCCAUACACAACAUCAUCAUUGCCCAAUGCCCAUCAGAAUAUAUAUCAUAUAACAGCCCUCUGAGCCCAGUGAGGCCUUGCACACCCUCACAAAUAAACAUCCACCUAAAGAUAACAAUGCAUCCCCAGAGUAUAUACUGCAAUUGCACUCCCACUGUUUUAAAAGACAAUUGGAUGCUUACAUUUAAGAACAUACCAGAAGUCCCACCAACCGCACACCUUAUCCCAGUCAAUCUGCUCUGGCCUGUGUGUGUGUAUUCAAGUGGAAAUAUGUAUCUGUGGAUCAUGAAGGUCUGAAUUCCAGCGGAUCUAGAUAGAUUUCAGCAGGACUUGCCCUCUGAACCGCAUAGCACCACAAUGUGAGCACAGAAGAAAAAUGGAUGUUAGGUGAAUAUGUGCGUGAGCUUGUGUUUUAUAAUGAAAUGCUCGAGUGGUUUCUAAAAUAUUGGAUGUAAUGUUUUGCAUGCUCACUUUAAACAAAACUCUCACUGAGCUCUGGAGAGACUUUACAGGACUGCUGUGAAAAACUGGAGGGAGUAUAACACAUCGAAAUCCAGUGAGCAACAUGAACUGUCAGGCGAGACAAAAAGACUAUUGUUUUUCCUUUUCCAGCGAGAGCCGCAAUACUUAUUUUUUUUUCUUUGCUUUUUUUUCUUGGGAUUGUUAAAUUCUCUACCCACUAAUCUCUGGGUCUUCUAGAAUUUUCCAUGUAAAGAAAGAUGCACUGUUUACCAAUGUUGUGCCUCCAUCUUGGUAAGAAUGUACUGAUAUCUCUCACUCUUUAUUGUGUAAUUUUACAGUGUCUGAUCUGUGUGCUUAAAACAUGUGUUUGAGGUGUCAUUUCCAAUCAUUAAAG